GCGAAGGCCAAGAAAAACACCACAGGCGACCACCGCAACAAGCCCCGGAAGGAAAAAAGCGUUUCUCCCUCCACCUCUCGGAGUCCAUCGAGCAGAAAAAAGGCGGAUAUUAAAACAGCACCCAACCGGCAUAAGCGAUUGGAAGCUGUGAAGGACGAAGAGGAGCGGGACGAACUCGUUGCCGCCACGAAAACAGUG